CCACGCUGCGACGUUCCCGGCCGGGGCCGCUGGGCUCGGGCUCCGGGGAGCGUCCGUGCCAUGCUCAUGUUGCAGCCGGCGUGUGUGAUAACGGCAGGAGGGACCGCAGCGUGUCAGCAGCUGCGCGCUGGUUUUGCAAGCGAGCCGGGUCUAAGUGAGGGGCAACUCGGGGUACGCAGGGCCAGUCCCGCUCCUGAAAGGGAGGUGCAGUCGCCUGUCUGGGAAGGUGUGAAGAUUGCUCCUGGAGCUGUCGUCUGCGUGGAAAGUGAAAUCAGGGGAGAUGUAACUAUCGGACCUAGGACAGUGAUUCACCCUAAAGCGCGAAUCAUUGCAGAAGCAGGACCAAUCGUGAUUGGUGAAGGCAAUCUCAUAGAAGAGCAGACAUUGAUCAUAAAUGGAUAUCCUGAAAAUAUUUCACCAGACACGGAAGAGGUAGAAGCAAAACCAAUGGUCAUUGGCACCUAUAAUGUUUUUGAAGUUGGCUGUUGUUCACAAGCAAUGAAAAUGGGAGAUAACAACGUAAUUGAAUCAAAAGCCGUUGUUGGUCGGAAUGUGAUUCUGACCAGUGGCUGCGUCAUCGGGGCCUGCUGCAACAUCAACACACAUGAAGUGAUCCCGGAGAACACCGUGAUCUAUGACGCAAAGUGCCUUCGCCGAGUGCAGACCGAGCGGCCACAGCCACAAACACUGCAGCUGGAUUUCCUGAUGAAAAUCCUGCCAAAUUAUCACCAUCUAAAGAAGACCAUGAAGAUGACAUCUACUCCUGCAAAGAGCUGAGAGUUUCCCCCCAAGGUACCAUGCCCUCAUCUGCAAAAGGAGUUGAUUUGGGAAUUUCCCCUCCAUUUCUAGCACUCCAUACACACAUGUAGCUGAUCUUUCCUCAUGCAUUCCAUUUGGAGAAAACGGUUUGUUUGUUGUUUUUUACUAUUUAUAUUUAGUAAAAUAUCUGGAUCUGAAGUCUGAUUGGCGGUUGCCUUGGUUAUAAUAUUAUACACAGUUCGUUCUGGAUAAUGAUGUUACCAGUUACUCUUGUGAUGUAGGACAGAAAUUGUCUUUCAAAGGGGCACAAAAGUGGCGGAUGAUUAGAACAUAUUUCACAGCUUAUUUUAUGCUAUUAAUAAAGAUGUUACCUUCCCAA